UGUGUGUUAGUUUUUUUUUUUUCUGCGUUCCGUCGUCUGAAUUAAACUGAGUCGUCGUCGAGUUGGGAAGCUGACGUUUGUGAAUCCGGUGUGGAAUUACGCGUGUGCAGAGGAAAAGACACGCUGCAAUGGCUUGCAGUCCCGCUACAUUGGAGCACUACAAGGCAGCCAUGGUGCUGAGCGGAGCGGGUGACGCUCUGGGCUACAGGAACCAGCUGUGGGAGUACAACAAGUCAGGUCCAGAUAUCCAUCAGGAGCUGAAGAAACUCGGAGGCCUGAAGAAGAUCGUGGCUAAGCUCCCCGACUGGCCGGUGAGCGAUGACACGGUUUUGCACCUGGCAACAGCUGAAGGACUCGCAACCGGGAAGAUGGGGGAGGAGCUUCUGCACGACAUAGCUGCCCGCUAUGUCGAGGGGAUGAAGGACAUGGAUGGGAGACUACCAGGACCGUCAAGCAUGCGAGGAGUGUCCCAGCUGAGGCCCGGGGAGGACGGGGGUUACAGAGUGCCCUACCACCCCGAGGGGACGGGCUGUGGAGCAGCCAUGCGCUCCAUGUGCAUUGGUCUGAGGUUUCCAAAACCGGAGCAGUUGUUGUCGUUGGUGGCGGUUGCUGUGGAGACAGGUCGAAUGACCCACCCUCACCCAACUGGUUUCCUCGGCGCCGUAGCGUCAGCCCUCUUCACCGCCUACGCCGUGCAGCGUAGACCGAUCACCACAUGGGGCAUGGGCCUGCUCAACGAAGGCUGCCCAAUAGCAAAGCAAUUUGUUAGGGAUCAAGGUUUCGCAGUGGAGGAGACGGAGCGAGACUGGGACUACUUCUGUGAGAAGUGGCAGUGGUACCUGGAUUUGAGAGGCAUCUCUCACGGGGUGGGGCCUGUAAUUUGGCCCGCCGCCUACGGGCCGGCCGAGAGAGACGAAGUCUACAAGAGCUUCAGCCUGUCAGGUUGGCCGGGCCGCAGCGGUCAUGAUGCUCCCAUGAUUGCCUUGGAUGCCUUGCUGGGAGCGGGAUCAGACUGGGAGGAGCUUAUGAGCAGAGGUGGUUUCCACGGAGGCGACAGUGACAGCACUGCAGUGAUUGCCUGCUGCCUCUGGGGUCUCCUCUACGGCACCCAGGGAGUCCCUGAAGGAAACUACUGCAAGCUGGAGUACCGGGACCGAAUGGAGCGUAGCGCAGAGAAACUCUACGCCCUGUCGCACUGAUGAGAAGAGCACAGCUUGCUUCACUGUUUAACUGUCGCUUAGAUGAAGAACCAGGUCACUUAAUUUGACACAUUAAUGUAGUUGGCAGCCUCAGUUGUACAUUGAUGUGGAGUUGUGUCACUGUGCUACACAGUGUGGCGUCAUACUGGCCUGAAGGGGAAACUGCGUACUACUAACAUACUUAUUUGCACUAAUGGGUCACUGACCAUGUAUGUGGAGACUGUUGCAAUAAAAGUCCACCCUCUAGUGGCCACUG